CCACCAUUCGUAUCCGUCUGUGUCACGUCAGUGCCAGGGAAAAAGGACUUGUGUGUAUUGCAGCGAUGUCAGUUCAGGUUGUGGCAGGGAAAAUGGCCGAGGUCGAAUUAAAAGACGUCCCGACCAAAGACUUGUCUCCUAUCUCACCUAAGUCGGUCGAGAAAGAGGGGAUCAAAACCGAGCCCAGUUCGGCGGUGUCCGCGGCUGCGUCUCCAACGGCGGAGCCGAGCCCGAACCCCACGAAGAUGCCGCAGGCUUCAGCAAUGAAGCGUCCUGACCAGCAACAAAACGGCGGAGAGGCAUUUGUAAACCAAGACGGUACUGUUGCCGAAGCCCCAAGGAUGAAAAAGAUCCAGUUUGCUGACCAGAAGCAGGAGUUUAACAAACGUCCAUCAAAGAUCGGGCGACGUUCGCUGUCCCGCUCAAUCUCCCAAUCAUCUACAGACAGCUACAGCUCAGCCGCGUCGUACACAGAUAGCUCGGACGACGAGACGUCUCCUCGUGACAAACAGCAGAAGAACUCCAAGGGCAGCGCAGACUUCUGCAUCAAGAACAUCAAGCAGGCCGACUUCGGACGCAGAGAGAUCGAGAUCGCCGAACAAGAGAUGCCCGCCCUUAUGGCUCUGAGGAAGCGUGCUCAAGGAGAGAAGCCCCUUGCUGGAGCCAAAAUAGUGGGAUGCACACACAUCACUGCUCAGACCGCUGUGCUGAUGGAGACUCUGGCAGCUCUGGGGGCUCAGUGUCGCUGGGCUGCCUGUAACAUCUACUCCACCCAGAACGAAGUGGCAGCAGCCCUAGCUGAGGGAGGUUUCUCUGUGUUUGCUUGGAAGGGAGAGUCAGAAGACGACUUCUGGUGGUGUAUCGACCGCUGUGUGAACCUGGAGGGAUGGCAGCCCAACAUGAUUCUGGAUGAUGGGGGAGACCUGACCCACUGGAUCUAUAAGAAGUACCCCAACAUGUUCAAGAAGAUCAAAGGCAUCGUGGAGGAGAGUGUCACCGGGGUGCACAGGCUGUACCAGUUGUCUAAAGCGGGGAAGCUGUGUGUUCCUGCCAUGAAUGUGAACGACUCGGUGACCAAACAGAAGUUUGACAACCUCUACUGCUGCAGAGAGUCCAUACUGGAUGGGUUGAAGAGGACCACAGAUGUCAUGUUUGGAGGAAAGCAGGUGGUGGUGUGUGGAUACGGAGAGGUGGGGAAAGGCUGCUCUGCAGCUCUGAAGGCCAUGGGCUCCAUCGUCUAUGUGACAGAAAUCGACCCCAUCUGUGCCCUGCAGGCCUGUAUGGAUGGAUUCCGAUUGGUCAAACUCAGCGAGGUCAUCAGACAAGUGGAUAUCGUCAUAACUUGCACAGGCAAUAAGAACGUGGUUGUGAGGGAGUAUUUGGACCGAAUGAAGAACGGCUGCAUCGUGUGUAACAUGGGCCACUCCAACACUGAGAUCGAUGUGGCUAGCCUUCGGACCCCUGAGUUGACUUGGGAGCGUGUGAGAUCACAGGUGGAUCACGUCAUCUGGCCUGAUGGCAAGAGGAUCGUCCUGUUGGCAGAGGGUCGCCUCCUCAAUCUCAGCUGCUCCACUGUGCCCACCUUUGUGUUGUCAAUCACUGCCACAACCCAGGCUCUGGCGCUGAUUGAACUGUACAACGCUCCUGAGGGACGAUACAAGCAGGACGUCUACCUGCUGCCCAAAAAGAUGGAUGAGUAUGUGGCCAGUCUUCACCUGCCCACGUUUGACGCCCACCUGACGGAGCUCACGGAUGAACAGGCCAAAUACCUCGGCCUCAACAAGAACGGACCCUUCAAGCCAAACUACUACAGGUAUUAAGCGAGCGGAGAGGAGGAGGAGGAGAGCUUCAGGAUGAAGAGGCGGAGAGAGAGACGAGGGAGAGACCCUUUUAGAGUGUAUUUAUUGAAAUCUAGAAACUUCUGCUGCUCCACUCGUCUCCAUGGAGAUUUUACCCAUGAUCCUCUACGCCCCACGUGUCUGUUGUGUGCCCCUGUAGCGCUCCUGUUUUGAGUGUCGUUACCAUGACAACCAUGUGCUUUCAUUUCCCUCUGUCGGACUUUUGUUGUCUUUUACUGAAAAUUAUAAUAUGGGGGCCAAUCGGAUCACACACUCGUCAUCACAUGGUUUAAAUAUAAUCUGGGGGCCAAUCAGAUCACACACUCGUCAUCACAUGGUUUAAAUAUAAUCUGGGGGCCAAUCAUAUCACACGUUCGUCAUCACCUGGUUUAAAUCAUCAAUCGUUGGUUGCUACUGUUUGGCAGCAUGUGGGAAGAGUUAGCGUUAGCCUUUAACCGCUAACAGACCACACCCAACAGGGGAGGCCCGGCUCCUCCCCCCCUGCCUGUAUCACUUGUCACUCAAACUGGAAGCUGUCGUCUCAUUGGGUGGCCAGUCUUACAUCAGCUCUUAGGUGUUGGCUUUUAAGGUACAUUUCCCAUAAUGCAUUUGGUUUGUUUUACUGUUUGUUUCCUUUCUCUCCUUCUUGUGAUUGUCCCGCUUCCUCAAAGGGGAUUAUUUAGAUGUUGAUAAAAUAGAAAUGAAGAUUUUUCUAUCGUUUCCUUCUGCCAUGCAAACAUGAUCAUCUAUGAUGUCAUACGAGAAUCAAACAUGAUCAUCUAUGAUGUCAUACGAGAAGCAAACAUGAUCGUCUAUGUCGUACGAGGAGCAAUGAAAUGUUUUAUGAUGCUAAAUGUCAAAUUAAAAGUCCUGAAACCUUCA